AUGCCAAACGCGCCCAUGAAAGAGGAGCGCAAGGAGAACGCAAUGCCGGUUCAGAUACGGUCGGGAGAGGACGAAGGGGAAGGAGAGGGGGCGGCGGCGGCGAGCAGUUCGGCCGUCCGGGCGUGGCAGAAGCGGGCACGGGAAGCUGAGGCUCGGCGCGAUGUGGUGGAGCGUGAGCUGUGUCGCGAGGUUUCGUGGGGAGUCCGGAGGGCCGACGGCUUCGCGUCCGCGAUGGAUGGGCUGCGGUUGGCGGUGGACCGCUUGUCCGGUGCUAUCACCGGCGGUGCUGAUGUCGAAGUCGUUGGCGAUGAUGUCGGGGGUGAGGACUGCACGGGGGCCGUCGUGACCGGGCCUGUUGGUGGUGGUGGUGGUGGUGGUGGUGGUGCUGCUGCUGCUGCUGCUACUGCGGUCAAGGCAGACGAGGCUCGAAACACACGUACUGGGGGCGAGAGCGCCGGUUCCAACAGCAACAGGAAGAGUAGCGACGAUGCUGCGGUCGCUGAUUCAGCGCAACGGGCCGCGGACAUGCUGAUCGGUAGGAUAGGCGAGGCGAGGGUAGGAGUGCUGGGACUUAGGAUCCAGCUCACCGCCGCAUCUAGGAGAGCCGCCCAAGCAAGGGAAACCAGGGAGGCUGAGCGCGUGCGAACAGCGAGGGCGAUCGAUUCCUUGAGGUCUGAGGCGGAGGAACUUCGGCGGAGGCCGCGGACUAGAGGGGUCGAGGUGCAGACGGGCUUGAAGGGAAGCGACGUUGGAGACACGGAGGCGCUGGUGCUGGCGCUUGAGAGGAAAAACAAGGGUACUGAGGCCGGGUUUGAAACGUUCAAGAAGGAUGCCGAGCGUAAAUUGGAGCUGGAGAACUUGAAGGCUGAAGAAGAGGCUCUCAAGGCCGAUGACCACCUGCACGCCUCACACGUCAGGGAGGGCAACGCACGCGCCUACUGCCAGCGGCUCGAAGGGAGAGUGGCCGCUCUGAUGGCUCACAGGGAGGAGCUCCGCCAAGAACGACAGGUCUUGCGCGCCGCUGUCCGGGCAUCGUUCAAGGACGCCGCGGAUAAGGAAAAACUGAGGGUGGAAAGGAUGCGGAAUGUGUCGACGCAGGUUGAACAUGUUGAUGACGUUGUGCCGUACCGUCCUUCUUGGGGGCGUGGAGCGGUAUGA